AUGGCCGCGCCUAUUUCGAGCCCUCAAUGCGUACCUUCAUCUGAUACUGAUUAUCCAGAUACACCCUUCUUCCGAGGACCUCUUCAGCCAUCCAGACUCGAAUGCGAUGUGGUGGAACUCGAGAUCUCCGGCAACCUCCCCAAGGACAUCAACGGCACCUUCUUUCGCGUCCAGCCCGAUCCCAGGUUCCCUCCAGUAUACGAGGAAGAUGUCAACUUCAGUGGUGAUGGAAUGGUCAGCGCAAUUCAGUUCCGCAAUGGCCACGUCGACUUCAAGCAACGUUACGUGAGAACCGAUAGAUUCAACGCCGAGGACAAACAUCGAAAGGCCAUGUUUGGAAGAUAUCGCAAUGCAUACACCGACAACGAGAUGGUCAAAGGGAUCAUUCGAACUGUUUCAAACACCAAUGUGUACUUCUGGCGUGGUACGCUUCUUGCGUCGAAAGAAGACGGACCUCCUUUUGCGAUGGAUCCAGUUACCCUCGAAACUCUUGGUCGCUACGACUUUGAAGGCCAGAUAAAAGCUCCCUGCUUCACGGCGCAUCCAAAGAUGGAUCCAGACACUGGAGAGAUGGUUGCUUUUGCAUACGAAGCUGGAGGCAACGGCCACGACGGUUCUUGCGACAUUGCAGUCUGGACCUUUGAGCCCGAGCAUGGGAAACUGACGCAUGAACGCUGGUACAAAGCUCCAUUUUGUGGCAUGAUCCAUGACGCUGCUCUGACCAAGAAUUACUUGAUCUUGCCCAUGACUCCUCUCAAAUGCGAACUUGAUCGUCUGAAGAAAGGGGGCAAUCAUUGGGCAUGGGAUCCGAACGAGGACCAAUACUACGGAAUUGUGCCUCGGAAAGGCGACGAAGACAUCAUUUGGCUGCGAGCAGAUAAUGGCUUCCAUGGGCAUGUUGUUGGGGCAUACGAAGAUGAAAACGGUCACAUCGUCUGCGACUUGACCGUAGCCGAUGGCAAUGUCUUCUUUUGGUGGCCCCCGGAUGAAGCAGCCGCUGGCCCUCAUUCCAUGCAAGCCAAGGCGCGACAGAAGUUGAUCUCAGACACUUUUCGCUGGGUGUUUGACCCAAAGAGCAAGACAAACACGAGAGUGACGCCUUUCAAGAAGUAUGGAACCAACGGGGAGUUUUCGAAGCAAGACGAACGCUUCCUCUCAAAGCCAUACAAUCACUUCUGGCAGUUACAGAUGGAUGCGACUCGCCCAUACGAUAUUCAGCGCUGUGGACCACCAGCUGGUGGGCUAUGGAACGUUCUUGGGCAUUACAACUGGGAGACAGAGAUCAAGGACGUCUAUUUCGCAGGCCCAACUUGCACGUUUCAAGAACCCGUCUUUAUCCCCAGAGAGGGGUCUAAAGGUGAAGGUGAUGGCUACUUGGUUGCAAUUCUCAACCACCUGGAUGUUCAAAGAAACGACAUCCUGGUGUUUGACGCAUUGAACCUGUCGCAGGGCCCACUCGCCGUGGUGCAUCUGCCGCUUCGGCUUCGGAUGGGACUUCAUGGGAACUUUGUGGAUCAGCGGGAGAUUGAAGAAUGGGAGAAACGGAGGAGCAAGACUGGGGAUGUUGGACCGGCAAAGAUUGCGACUGAGCCGCUGCCUUGGCAAGUUGCAGAGGCCAGAGCGGAGAAACAAUGA